UCGAAAGCGCGGAGGUCGACUAGUGAGCUGGUGCCCGCGUUUCAGCAGUCGCGCACUUCCGUUCCUAAUCAAAAUAUAAAAGUACUCUCUUCUUUAGAAAUUCCACCUUGCCUGUACACCCAACACCCCAGAGACUGCAAGUGCGACUGGGCAGGUAAAGCGGGAGGCUCGAAGAGACUAGCAGUCCUCCGCUGAGAGCAGGCCUGUUCGCCCUCCCCCUUCCAAGUUAACCUGCAAGGGGACCGCAGACCCGUGUUCUCUAUAAGCACCGUGCACAGAGGAAGACCGAACUGACCAGGGUUCUUUUUAUUCGAGACAGCACAGACCAGUUACCGACUCCGGGCAGUCUCCAGGAAUCUUGAGCGCUCUUAACAGAAGAACUAAUCAGAGGCCCAGUACUGCAGAAGAGGAUAAGCAAGGUCCUGAUGUCCCUGGAUCCUUGGUCGCUGCCGCCCAAAGAUGGCCUGUACGACCCUGUUAACGAAAAAGAUGCGUGUGGCGUUGGCUUCAUCGUCGCCAUCGACGGUCGCCGCUCGCACAAGAUCGUGCGAGAUGCGCAGAAACUGGCCCUGCGCAUGAACCACCGUGGCGCGUGCGCCUGUGACAACGACACCGGAGACGGCGCUGGGGUGCUCACCGCCAUCCCUCACGCCUUCUACCGCGCCCAGCUCAAGGAGCACCAGAAUGUGGACCUCCCGGAGCCCGGACGCUACGCCACUGGGAUCUUCUACCUGGACAAGAGACAUCACAAUGAAAGCGAGGAAGCCUUUGGGAAGCUGGCCCAGGAGUGCGGCCUCAGGGUGGUGUGCUGGAGGACGGUGCCCACGGACGCGACGGGGAUCGGCGAUGUGGCGCGCAACAGCGAGCCGUUCAUGCGGCAGGUGUUCGUCGCCUGCGACAACCCCAACGUCGACGAGGAGGCGCUCACCCGCUCGGUGUUCGUUCUACGCAAGAGGGCCACACACACUAUUCCGAAACCAGGAAGUAGAUUCUACAUUUGUUCCUUGUCACUCAGUGUUGUCAUCUACAAAGGUCAGCUGACUGCUGAUCAGUUGUGGACAUACUUCAAGGACCUAAACCAUCCGAGUUAUGACACAUACCUCGCUCUAGUUCAUACUCGUUUCUCUACCAACACUUUCCCCAGCUGGGAGAGAGCACACCCUCUCAGGUAUCUUGCACACAAUGGUGAAAUAAACACACUCAGAGGAAAUGUUAACCUGAUGAAAGCCCGUGAAGGUGUUAUGAAGAGUGACAUUUUUGGAGAUGAUCUCAAGAAACUGUACCCAGUUGUUGAGCCAAAUCUUUCAGAUUCUGGUGCUGUUGAUUGUGUUCUAGAAUUUCUUGUAAUGGCUGGGAACAGACCACUACCAGAGGCCGUUAUGACAAUGGUCCCUGAAGCGUGGCAAAAUGAUAUGACAAUGCCACAAGAGAAGAGGGACUUUUACCACUGGUCUGCAUGUGCCAUGGAGCCUUGGGAUGGUCCUGCUCUGCUUACAUUCACUGAUGGCAGAUAUGUUGGUGCUAUACUUGACCGGAAUGGUCUUCGUCCAUCACGUUUCUAUGUACUAAAGGAUAACAUGAUGGUCAUGGCAUCUGAGGUUGGAGUAUAUGAUGUUGAUCCUGCAGAUGUCCUCCUCAAGAGUCGACUGAAGCCAGGCCGGAUGCUGCUUGUGGACACAAAGGAGAAGACAAUCAUUCAGGAUGUUGAACUCAAGAGACAGAUUGCACUCAGUCGGCCACACUCAUUGUGGCUCAAAGAACAGGCGAUACAUAUGGAAGAUCUACGGGCAGCACACCAUGGUCCAUUAUCAAUCACAAAUGGUGUUGGCGAUAGUGAGAUGGUUGCGAGUGUCAGCGGCAUUUCAGAAGACAUGUUGGCACACAUGUGGGGAGGAGACACACGUCUUGGUGUUUUUGGAUACACUAUUGAAACAGUUAAUAUGCUGCUAGUGCCAAUGAUUAAGACUAAGAAGGAGGCACUAGGUUCUAUGGGAAAUGAUGCACCACUUGCUUGCCUUUCACAGUUCCAGCCAUUGCUGUACGAUUACUUUAAACAACUUUUUGCUCAGGUGACGAACCCACCAAUUGAUCCAUUCAGAGAGAAAAUAGUUAUGUCACUGAUGUGCCCCAUUGGACCUGAGGCAAAUUUGCUCCAACCCAGUGAGAAACAGUGCCACAGGCUCUUCUUGAAACGUCCUAUAUUAUCACUUAGUGAUUUAGAAGUUAUCAAGGCAACAACUCACCGUGGGUGGAAGACAAAGGUAAUUGACAUCACAUUUGAUCGAUCAGAUGGUCCUGGUGGGUUGUCAAAAGCACUUGAUCGCAUCUGUAAUGAAGCGUGCCAGGCUGCACAGAGCAAGUGCCAACUGAUUGUUCUGUCAGACCGACGUGCUGGACCAGAAAGAGUUCCUGUCAGCAUGCUGCUUGCUCUGGGUGCAACUCAUCACCAUCUGAUUGAGGAGCGUCAACGUAUGAAAGUAGGGCUGAUUUUAGAGACAGGAGAAGCCCGAGAGGUUCAUCAUAUGUGUGUACUGCUGGGUUAUGGAGCAGAUGCAAUAUGUCCUUACCUUGUGUUUGAAAUGGCACGCUCUCUUAGGAAUGAGGGUGUUCUGGAUGCUAACCUUACCGAUGAAAUAUUGUAUCAGAACUACUCAGAAGCUAUGGAUCGUGGAAUAGCAAAGGUCAUGGCAAAAAUGGGCAUUUCAACUCUACAGUCAUAUAAAGGAGCUCAGAUUUUCGAGUCCGUUGGCCUUGCAGAUGAAGUGAUUGAUAAAUGUUUCAAGGGCACUCCGUCACGCAUUGGUGGUGUGACAUUUGAGGUUAUUGCAAAGGAAACAUAUGAACGCCACAAUUUAUCAUAUAUGAAUCAUGCACCCGACAUGUUGGUUCUCCGUAACCCAGGGCAAUAUCACUGGCGCAGUGGUGGAGAGAAACACAUCAACGAUCCCCUAAGCAUUGCAAAUCUACAGGAAGCUGCUGUGAACAAGAAUCGCAGUGCUUAUGAUAAAUUUCGUGAAUCAACAAUGCAAAGUGUGAGAGCAUGUACACUUCGUGGGCAGUUGGAACUUGUACCAUCGGAAAGUCCUAUUGAUAUUAAUCAAGUUGAACCAGCCUCUGAAAUUGUCAAGCGAUUUGCAACAGGUGCUAUGAGCUUUGGGAGUAUUUCACUAGAGGCUCACACCACAUUGGCUAUUGCUAUGAACAGAGUAAAAGCUAAAUCCAACACCGGGGAAGGCGGUGAAAAUGCUGACAGAUACUUGAAUCAAGAUCCUGAGUUCAAUAAAAGGUCAGCCAUUAAGCAGGUGGCCAGUGGUCGUUUUGGAGUUACAAGCUCUUACCUAGCACAUGCUGAUGAUCUCCAGAUAAAAAUGGCACAGGGAGCCAAGCCUGGUGAAGGUGGAGAGCUGCCAGGAUACAAGGUGACCAAAGAUAUUGCGAAAACAAGACAUUCUGUUCCUGGUGUGGGUCUUAUAUCACCACCUCCCCAUCAUGACAUUUAUUCUAUUGAAGAUCUUGCAGAGUUGAUCUAUGACCUUAAGUGUGCUAAUCCUAAUGCUCGAAUCUCUGUCAAGCUGGUAUCAGAAGUUGGUGUUGGUGUUGUUGCUUCAGGAGUAGCCAAGGGAAAAGCAGAGCACAUUGUGAUUUCUGGCCAUGAUGGAGGCACUGGAGCAAGUUCAUGGACAGGAAUUAAGAAUGCUGGGUUGCCAUGGGAACUUGGAAUUGCAGAGACACAUCAGGUGCUUGUGUUAAAUAACCUCCGGUCAAGAGUGGUUGUUCAGGCUGAUGGACAGAUCCGCACAGGAUUUGAUGUUGUUGUUGCCGCAUUGCUUGGAGCUGAUGAGUUUGGAUUCAGCACAGCACCACUUAUUGUUAUGGGCUGCACAAUGAUGCGGAAAUGUCAUCUUAAUACCUGUCCUGUUGGAAUUGCAACUCAGGACCCUGUACUCCGCAAGAAGUUUGAAGGAAAACCAGAGCAUGUCAUCAACUAUUUAUUUAUGCUUGCUGAAGAGAUACGUGGUCACAUGGCAAAGUUGGGUAUAAGAAAAUUUCAGGACCUGAUUGGUCGUACAGAUUUGUUGCGUGUUACUGAUUCUGCAAAUGCAAAGGCAAAGAUGCUCAACUUCGGUUUGAUUCUGAAGAAUGCUUUACACAUGCGUCCUGGUGUGAACAUUGUAGCUGCUUCAGAAACACAAGAUUUUGGACUGGAGAAAAGACUGGACAACAAACUGAUCGAGGCAGCAGCUCCUGUAUUGGCCGGUACUAAAUCCAGUGUUGAUAUUGAGAUGAACAUAUGCAAUGAGGACCGUGCAUUUGCUUCUACGCUCAGCUACCAAAUUUCAAUGAAAUUUGGAGAUGAGGGACUUCCUGAACACAGCAUAAAUGUGAAGCUCAGAGGGUCAGCAGGCCAGAGCUUCUGUGCUUUCAUGACAAAAGGAAUUCAUGUGACACUUGAAGGAGAUGCUAAUGAUUAUGUGGGCAAGGGUUUAUCUGGUGGUGAAGUCGUCAUCUUUCCUCCAAAGACUUCUCCAUUCAAGUCAGAAGCUAAUGUUAUAGUGGGAAAUGUUUGCUUGUAUGGUGCUACAAGUGGAAAGGCAUUCUUCAGAGGAAUAGCAGCCGAGCGCUUCUCAGUGCGAAAUUCCGGAGCUGUCGCUGUUGUUGAGGGUGUUGGUGACCAUGGUUGUGAGUAUAUGACGGGAGGCUGUGUUGUUAUACUUGGUCUAACUGGUCGCAACUUUGCUGCUGGAAUGUCUGGUGGAAUAGCUUAUGUUUUGGAUGUUGAUGGAUCAUUUAGGAGCAAAUGCAACAUGGAGAUGGUAGAACUAUUGCCACUAGACCAGCAGGAUGAUAUAGAUUACGUCAAAACCUUGCUUCAAGAAUUUAAAGAAAAGACAGGAUCACUUAUAGCAGCAGAUCUUCUUAACACAUGGCCUCAGCCAACCAGCAAAUUCAUAAAGGUGUUCCCGUAUGAAUAUCAGAGAGCUUUGCGUCAACUGGCUGAGGAAACGAAGGCUGCUCAACCACUGGUAAAUGGAGUAACAGAGCAGGCUGCUCCAGCAGCUGUUCCCACUGAUGGUGGAAAAGUGCGUGACAUUGAAGAAGCCAUUGCUGAUGGUGCAAUGGAAAAGAAGCGUUUGGACAUGAUACUGGAUAAAACUCGAGGGUUUGUCAAAUAUAAACGAGAAACUGGUAUGUACCGCCCAGCUGAAAAACGUCAGAAGGACUGGGAGGAAAUUUACAACUUUGCCCACGUGCGUAAAGGUUUGCGUGUGCAGGCUGCUCGCUGCAUGGAAUGUGGUGUACCUUUUUGCCAGAGCUCUCAUGGCUGCCCUCUUGGUAAUAUCAUUCCAAAGUGGAAUGAUCUAAUUUUUCAGUCCAACUGGCGUGAAGCUCUCAAUCAACUUCUACAAACCAACAAUUUCCCAGAAUUCACUGGAAGGGUGUGCCCUGCACCAUGUGAAGGUGCUUGUGUGCUAGGUAUUAGUGAACCACCUGUGACAAUAAAGAACAUAGAGUGUGCAAUCAUUGAUCAUGCAUUCGAGCAAGGUUGGAUUCGAGCUGAGCCACCAGCUUUCCGAUCUGGGAAGAAAGUAGCUGUUGUUGGAUCUGGUCCCUCUGGACUUGCAGCUGCUCAUCAGCUGAACAAGGCUGGUCAUCUGGUGACUGUAUUUGAAAGAAAUGAUCGCAUUGGUGGUCUUCUCCAGUAUGGCAUCCCAACCAUGAAAUUGUCAAAGGAAGUUGUACAGCGCCGUGUCAAUCUCUUGGCACAAGAGGGUGUUGAAUUCAAGACCAACAUAAAUGUUGGCAAAGACAUUUCAGCUAAGGAUCUCUUGGAAGAAUAUGAUGCAUUAUUGCUUUGCAUGGGUGCAACAUGGCCUCGUGACUUGCCCAUUCCAGGGCGUCAGCUGAACGGCAUUCACUUCGCUAUGGAAUUUUUGGAAGCAUGGCAGAAACGUCAAAUGGGUAACCAGCCAACAGAAGCAGCAGCUGCUCUUCUUGCAAAGGAUAAGGAUGUCAUAGUUAUAGGGGGUGGUGACACAGGCUGUGACUGUAUAGCAACAUCUCUUAGACAAGGUGCCAAAUCAAUUACCACCUUUGAAAUACUACCAGAACCACCAGCAAGGCGAAGCAAGGAUAAUCCUUGGCCACAGUUCCCACGUGUAUUCAAGGUUGAUUAUGGGCAUGAGGAAGUGCAGGUAAAAUUUGGGCGUGACCCGCGUCGUUUCAGCACUCUUAGUAAGGAGUUCCUUGACGAUGGUAAAGGCAAUGUCUGCGGAAUCCGUACAGUGACGGUCAAUUGGACCAAGGAUGAUACAGGUCGCUGGAAAAUGGAUGAAGUCCCAGACACUGAGAAGGUUUACAAGUGUGAUUUGGUGCUUCUUGCAAUGGGCUUCCUGGGACCAGAACGUUACAUUGCCAAUGAAUUGGAACUGAAUCUUGAUCCUCGCAGUAAUGUGGAAACACCUACUGGACAGUAUUCAACUUCAGUACCUCGUGUUUUUGCUGCUGGAGAUUGUCGCAGAGGCCAGUCACUGGUUGUCUGGGCUAUCACAGAAGGGCGCCAAGCAGCACGCGAGGUCGACAUGUUCCUUAUGGGAUCAUCAACUCUGCCGGGUUUGGGAGGUGUUAUCUCAACAGUUGUGGCUCCUAUUAGUCAGAAGGGUUAGGUAUCUGAAACUCUUGUGCAUGUUCCAAUCUAAGUGUUAAACAUUCAAGGUGUUAAUGUUGUAAUUAGUAUGCAUCUCUAGGAAGCAUUUGUGUUUACUAUUUUUGUAAGCAUCCCACAGACAAGAGUUUUGUGGUGUCUCUUGUGCUUGAACAGCACAACUAUACUGUUUGUUGAGUUGGAAGUGCAGGAAGUGCUAGAAUGGUUAUUGACAUGGUGAAGAUGGGAGUUGAGAAGCCUAUAUUUUUGGAAAUGGAUUUUAACUGUUAGUGAAUUUGAUUGUGAAUUAUCGUCUGCAAGGAGAGUUCGUAGUGUGCAUGGCUUCUUGAAAACAUAGCAGCUUUUAGUUUUGAACCUGAACUAGACUGUGUUUCUUUUCUUAUUCUGUACAUAUGUGACAGUUUGUAAGCUGAAGUUCAAUAAUUUGAGUUGCUUAAAUGACAGCUUCUAUCAACAAAAGUGAAAAAUAAAAUAGGCAUGUUUUUGUAUGUGAUAAAAUUUGUUCUUUUUUACAGAUUACUCUAUAGAUCUUAAUGCCAGCAGAUGUUUUCAGUAUUUAUGUACUUUUUGGUACACAUAGUGUUGUGUAAUGUUUAAAAAUUAUAAACUGAUCUGUGUACAUUGAAUAUUUAGCAAGAAGAAAGUGACUUUAAUAAAAUUAUCUGUAAUGAAGUACUGUAGUUCAUUCCUUUCUCUAUUUAAAAAUAUAAAGGUGCACAAUACUAUAUGUUAGUAAUUGUUUGAGUCCAGUACAAAUCUGUGAUAUGUCAUGUUCUGUGUAUGUGUAGAGAAAGAGAAAUGUCUGAAUUAGUAAGAACUGUAGCAAAAAGACUGGUGUUCUAAUGAUUCAUUUUAAUUCCAUCCAUAUACAUGUGUUUUAUGUAAUGUAAUAAUGAGGAAAAAAUUUACUGUACUGUUCACAUAUGAAGAACAUAUGCGUGUUUAUGGUACAAUACAUGCCAAGCUGAAGUCAAUAGAUUGCAAUGUUCCAUUUCUAAUAUUAAACAUAUAUGUAGUGUACUUAA